AUGGAGUCAUCGACUAAAUUAGCUGCCGCGCAACCACCACAGAUCUCCCUCCCGAACUCCAUUUCCGCCGCCAGUCGCGGCAUCGAGGACAGCAACUCGCGGACCUGGAUCGAAGUGGCCACCGCGAUGCGCGCGGCACAUGCGGCCACCAGCGCCGCCAGCGACGCCGUAUGCGCCGCUACGGCGGUGACGGAGGCGUCGCUGCUGCUGCCAUACACGCGGUUCCGCUUAUCAUCGGAGGUCCCGAGCAGCGGCAGCGGCAGCAGUGGCAAGGGCUUGAAGGAAGUGGAGGUUGCUAAUCGUGCCGUACAGGCUGCCUGGUCCAAGCUGGAUAAAGCACGGGCCCUCUGCGAGAAGCUGCCGUCGGCGCCGGCGCUAGCGACGCUGCUGCUGGCGGCGGCGGGCCGUCGCCGCCGCCGCCGCCGCCACCACCAUGGUAGCGAAGGGCCGGAGGGAGUUAAUGGAAACGGACCCGGCGCUGACAGCACCGAGACAGUUGGCCUGGCGGUUGGGCACAACCAAUCCGUUGGAGGUUAUGAGCACCCCGGCGAGCAGGUCCUUAUGGCGAGGUGCCUCUUGCUGCUCCACGUCUACAUGUCCAGCAAUUGGUUUGCAGAGGAUACAAAAGCCCUAGGAGGAAACACCGGCGGCACGUUUCCGACGGCUGAAUUCCAGCGAAACGCUGCCGUACUAGCGGACGCAUUGUUGCAGUACCAUGGUGUGCCGUACCCGUUGCCGUACUAUGAGCUCCUGAAAGUGGCGGGGGUCCUGUCCCGCAUGCAGGAAGCUGUACUUAAUAGUACGACACCAUUGGGGUCGUACCCGGAUUUGUACGCCGACGUACAGGCCGCGAUCCGUCUUCUGAACCUCUCCCAGGCGAUCAGCGACCAGGUGCUUAUGCCGCGAUUUAUUGCGGCUGGCAGCGGCGGCGGCGCUGCCACCGCCGCCACCACCAGCGGCUUGCCGCCGGCUGCUGCUGCUGCUGCUGCAUUGCAUUCAACAGCGUUUCCUUUGGCCAUGAUUCAAUGCAAUGCACUGAUAUUGCGUACGGCAAUUAGUCGUACAAUAGAUAUGCAUUUUGAGGUGCUACAUCUGGUAGCGGCGGAGCUACAGCCGUUGCGACAGCAAUGCAUUGCGUUGCAAACCGCCGCCGCCGCCGCUGCGUCAUUGUCGUCGUCGGCGGCGGCAGCGUCGACGGGCUCCAUAGCUCCUGGUCGGUCUAGCAGCGGUAACUGCGCGGGUGACGUCGCCAGCUCCAGUGCGGCAGCAGCAGCUGCGGUGGCGGAGGCGCGUGAGCGGUUCAUGGGCGCCUUUCGGGGGCGGUACGACACGCUGACGUCAGAGCUCGUGGAGGAGGAGGCAGCCGCGAUACGGCAGCGCGGGUGGCAGUUGGAGCAGCGGCGCAAGCAGCGACAGCGGGAGAUGCAGCGGCGGAAGGGCAAGACUACUCUUCUGGGGGAAACAGUGGCGACGGCGGCGGCGACGGCGGCGACGGUGCCGUUAGACGGUGCAUGGGCCGACGAUCAGCUCAUUAGGGCCUUGAUCCGUCACGCGGCGGCGAGACGGCUGUCGGAGGUGUUCCGCUCAGACCCGCCGCUGCCGCCGCUACCGUCGGCACUGCCGCCGCCGCCGUACACGUCGUUGCCGUCGGGUGAGUGUGCGCAGGUUGGCGGCGGCGGCGGCAGCACUUCCAAGGCCGCUGAAUGCCUAGCGACAGCAGCAGUGGGCCACGGAUCGGGAGCACAGCAGCCGCCACCUCCACCACCAUCAGCGUGCAAGGAUCACGCAAAUGGUACGGCAGCAGGCCCGCUGCCGCCGCUGCCUCCGACUGACCCCCGUGUGCUUCGUACUGAGGUCGCUAAUGGGCUGCUGGCUGCGUGUCUCUCAAAGGCGGGUUGGGCAACCAGCAGUCGCUGGCGACCUGUUAGUCCCGGCCAGACGCUCCGAAUCCCACCGGCCGACGCCCGUACGGCAUUUGGACGUAGCAGCAGACUUAGCAGUGCGGCUAAGUGGCGCUAUGUGGCGCUGGUGCCGGAGGUGGCGAAGGAGAUUUCCCCCGGAGUUACUCCCCCGGGGUAUUUUAACGCGGGGGGAUGUACGGAACCUCUGUCGCUGUCUGUCGUACCACUCACAAGGAAACUGGAGAGGAGGCUGCGGCGCCAGGAUCAACCCCAAAAAAUCCAGCAAAACCAGGAUCAUCAUCAUCAAGAGGAGCAGCAGCAGCCGCAGCAGCAAAGGGAUUAUUCGUACAUCUUGUGGAACUCAAGAGCCGGCGCCGCCGCUGCCGCCGCUGGUGUCGCCGCUGCCGUGGCGGCGGCGGCGGCGGCGCGGCCUCCUCCACCGCCGCCAACAGCUACUGCUGCCGUGGCGGCGGCGGCGGCGGCGCGGCCUCCUCCACCGCCGCCAACAGCUACUGCUGCUGUGGCGGCGACGGAGGCGGUGGUGGAUGCGGAUCCGCUGCACGAGGUGGAGUCCUCGGAUGCUAAGGCUGAGCAGACGCCGACACGACUUCAAAAUCAACACCCCGAUCAACCCCAUCAACAACAACAACAAAAUCAACAGCAACAGCAGCAGCAGCAACAGCCAGAUGGAGCUCAGCGCGGCAGUAGCCCGGUGUUCACAGCCACGGGCCUCGACGCCGUCGGGGCCCCGCCGCCGGCGGCCGGCAUGCCGUACACCUCCGAGUACCUCAGCAGCAGCAAUGCCGUGUACGGCGACACCGGGGGUUGGCGGCCGGUGGACGCCGCGCAGCUGUGGGUGGAGCAGAAUCUGGGUCGCACGGAGGGACUGUGUUUUGCUUGCGAGAGCCGAGAUGCGCUGGCGGAGGCAGUCGUGGGUGUCGCGCGGGCACAAGCGGCGGCGCGGCGACGGGGAUGCUCGUUGCUGUUGACGGCGAGACUCGCUCAGGAUCACCACCGGGCGCUGCUAAAAACACUGGGGGAGGGGCUCGUGAAGAGCUACUUACAAAUCACGCGGAUUCCGAACUUCGCCACCGUCGGCGGCGCCGCCCCUGGAGUAAGUGCGCGCAGUAGCGGCGGCGACGAUGGUGGCGACGCCGCCGCCAUUAAAAAGGCCACUAGAAACGGCGAUCCAGAUGACGCCCAUCGCCACGACGACGAUGACGACGACGACGAUCAGGAGGCAAAUUCCCCGCGCUGUAGCAGCAGCAGUGACGGCAGUAGCAGCUGCAGCAGCCUGAAUGAUGAUCGUGGUGAUGAUGGGGAGGGAAUGGAGGGGGAGGAAGACGGCGCCAAGGCUCCAGGGGCGGGUCAUGGAUUGGACGUGAAAGACAGGAAGGAACGAAAUCGCCGCCGCCGCCGCCGCCAGCGCGGCAGCAGCGGCGGCGGCGGCAGCACGAGUUGUGUACUGGGUACGGAGGAAGUCCUGGUGACGAGCUCUGAGGGCUGGCGGCUCCUGCGGCGUACGAUGAUAAACAGGGCGUUAUGCAGGCUGCUGGCGCUGGAUCCAGCGCAAGCGAAGCUGUUGUUCGAGACGGAAGCAAUGGGGCAGUCUGUACGGGACGCCGGCAGCAGCGGGGAUGGGGCGGUCAUCGAGGGCCGCCUUGACGAGAGCCGCCAGUUGGAAUUGGAGUAUGAGCUGGAGCGGGAGUGCCUUAAGUGGGGCGUGCUGCGCCUCUCUGCGGAAACUCGUAUCGUGUUGCAUGUGAUGGCGGUCCCCUCGGAGGAGCUUGAGGGGGCCUUGGGCAGGAGGGAGGGAGAGGAGGGGGGGGAGAAGUAA